AUGUAUGAAAUUAAAUUGAAAGUUGAAUUUGAAGGUAAGAGCUUGGAGAUUACUAAAGGCGAAACGCCAUACGACAUCCUCUGCAGCUAUUGCAAGGACAGAAAGGACAUUAUAUCCUGCAAAGUAGAUGGGGUAUACUCUGACAUGUCAACAGAGAUAUUGAAAGACUGCAAGCUAGAGUUCUUGACAUUUGAAGAUGAUGGGGCCAGGGAGAUCUUUUGGCAUUCCUCUGCACAUAUACUGGGAAAUGCACUUGUGAAUCUCUAUCCCGAUGCAAAGCUCGUCCAUGGACCACCUGUUGAAGAAGGAUUUUUUUAUGAUGUUGACAUAAAGGAACCUAUUUCGUCUGAGGAUUACAAAAAGAUUGAAAUGGAAAUGACCAGGAUUAUGAAGAAGAACUAUAAGUUCGAGAAGGUAAUUAAGAGCAAGGAGGAACUCCUAGAUGCUUACAAAAAUAAUCCUUGUAAGACACAUUUUAUUAUGAAGGGAGUUGACAAGGAAAGCUCGGUCUAUAGAAAUGGAGAGUUUUUCGAUAUGUGUCUGGGGCCACACGUUAGAUCGACCGGUGUUGUUAAGGCUGUCAAAGUUCUUAAGAAUAGCUCGGCUUAUUUCCUCAAUGAUCCAAGCUUGAAGUCACUUCAGAGGAUAUAUGCCAUCACAUUUCCUUCGAAGGAUAUGCUAGAGGAAUAUUUGAAAAGGAAAGAAGAAGCAAAGGAGAGAGACCACCGAAAGAUAGGAACCGAGCUCAACCUUUUUUUCUUCUCAAAAUACUCCCCAGGGUCAUGUUUCUUUUUACCCAAUGGAACUAUUAUGUAUAACACGCUGAUCGAGUUUCUAAGAGAAGAAUAUAAGAAAAGAGGGUUCAGAGAGGUUAUAACACCGAACAUUUUCUGUACAAAGCUCUGGGAGGAAAGUGGACAUCUUCAGAAUUACAAAGAAAACAUGUUUAUCAUUGAGGGAGAUGAUUUUGCGUUGAAGCCCAUGAACUGUCCUGGGCAUUGUGUAAUGUUCAAGCAUCAGGAUCAUAGCUUUAGAGACCUUCCUUUGAGGUUUGCAGACUUUGGAGUCUUACACAGGAAUGAGCUUAGCGGAACUUUGACAGGAUUAACAAGGGUAAGACGGUUUCAACAGGAUGAUGCACAUAUAUUUUGUACCAAGGACCAAGUCAAGAGUGAGAUCAAAGGAUGCCUUGAGUUUUUAAGCUUUGUAUAUGGGGUUUUCGGAUUCAAGUUCGAACUUGUACUAAGUACAAGGCCAGAAAAGUAUCUGGGAUCUGUUGAGGAGUGGGAUAGAGCAGAAAAGGCUCUUGCCGAAGCCAUGGAUGAGAGUGGCCUGACGUUUAAGAUAAACGAAGGAGAUGGGGCCUUUUAUGGACCCAAGAUUGACAUCACACUUCAUGAUGCCCUUGAUAGACGAAUACAAUGCGCAACUAUUCAACUCGACUUUCAACUUCCCCAAAGAUUUGAGCUGAAGUAUCGUGACAGUGAUGGACAGUGCAGGACUCCUGUUAUAAUACACCGUGCAAUCCUCGGAAGUAUUGAAAGAAUGAUUGCCAUUAUUCUCGAAAGCUUUGGGAAGAAGUUACCUUUUUGGAUAUCACCAAGACAGGUAGCGAUUGUGAACAUAGGAAAUUUUGAUUAUGUUGAAAAAAUAAAGUCUGUGCUCGGCAGGUUUCGAGUCGAUGUGAUUGACGAUAGCAACACAUUGAACAAGAGGAUAAGAAUUGCUGAAACAAGUGGAUAUGCCCUUGUGUGCGUAGUUGGAGAAAGAGAAGCGAAAGCAAAUGAGGUGAAUAUAAGACUUAGUAAAGUCGAAAAGUCUACCAACUUGAACAAGAACAUCGAUCUUUAUGAACUUAGGGACAUCUUAAGCAGGAUGGCUGAUGAAAAGAUCGAACUUGAAGAUGUCCUGCACAUCGACAAGAUUUCAAUCGGAAACUAA